AAAACCCUAAAUUUGUUCAAAACCUCUCACAGCCACCAGACUCAAAAGAAGAAGAAGAAGAUGGCUUGCACCGUAGAUUUCCGGUGCCUAGACGAAGGAUUCGGCGGCAAGACCUACAAACGUAAGAGAGAAUCUCAAGAACAAGCUACCGCCGCCGAAUUAAUCGGCGAUGAAGCGUCGAUGGACAUCGAUCUGAACGGUCCUCCAUCAGCGAAACGAAGCGCCGUCGCAUCUUCAGAAGAUCCAAACAAACCAAUGGCUGUGGCGGUUGAGAGACCGAAGUACGACGGUGUAAUCGCCGGGAAAGUCUCGGGAAGGAACUGGAAACAGCCGCGAACUCAUAGAUCUUCGGGGAGGUUUGUGAGGAACAAGGGACCGGAUCUGGAAGAGAUGAAGAGGCAGAAGGAGAUUAAGAGAGCGUAUAGGGAGAGGAUGAACGAGCUUAAGGAGGAGAUAAGGAGUAACAAGGUGGAGAAGAGGAAGAAGAGGGAAGAGAGGGAGAAGAGGAAGAAGGAGAAUGUAAUGAGAACUGGUACUAAGCUUCAGAUUAUUUCAAACCCUAAGACUUUGAAGAAGAUUGCUAAGUCUAAGAAGAGGAAGCAGCUUAAGAAUAUUCCUGAGGAGAUGUUGAGUCUUGGUGGUAACAAGAAGAAGAGUAUCAAAGCUUAGUUUUAUUUUGAUAAGGCAAGUUUCAAGUUUUGUUUUGUAUUUUUCAAUGUUGAUGAUGAUGGUUAACAAUGAUCUGCAGCUAAGAACUAAAUGUUGUAGAAGAAGUUUUAAUAGUGAGAAACAGUGUUUUUUGCUUUGCUUCAACAGUUUGAAAACCCAUCCUUUUGUUUUGCAGUUAUGUAUCACUCUUUUGAGAAACCAAAAAAGUAAACUUUGAGAUGAUUUUUGUGAA